AUGCGUCACACUGUCCUACCCCUCAUUAAACAUAUAAGUUCGACAAUUUCUCACUCCACGCAUUCUUCACCUCGUGUUGGUGAUGGAAUGCGUGCUGAUUUUUCAACGCCAAAAUCGGCUUUCUCAACACAGUCACCAUCUGAUUCUCUUUAUUCGGGCCGGGAUCCAUAUGAGCCAUCGUCUACCAGAACGACUCCUCUGAGACCAAAAAUUAACCUCAAGAGAAGAACCCAAAUAUCCCCGAAUGAAACAUGUUGUUUCUGCUUGGAACCUGUGAUAAUUUGUUUUGAUGGUGAAGAAUUUUUAGAAUUAACAUGUGGUCAUUUUAUUCAUUUUGACUGUAUGGUUGAGUUGCACGAGUCCGAAAAGGAACAAUUGUUCCCUUCUUCAAAGGAUAAUUUGUUUGAUGCAGAUUUAGAAUCAUCAUUCUCUGUGAUCUGCCCAAUCUGCGCAAAGAAGGCUUUUUGUGCCCAUGGUGAGUUGGAAGAUAAGCUUUUAAAAACCAAGCUGUUGAAUUCUGCAAAAGCAUGGAUAAGUACCGAUUUGCAAUCUGAGACUGCUACGCCUACAAGCGCUCCAGAACUACCUGAAGCGCAGUCUACCAUGUCUGAUUCAUCUUUUACGCCAUUAAAGACUCCGGAAAGUCAGAUUGGUGAUCGGUUUUGGGAUAAUAUGAAAGAACAGGUUGUCACUGCUCCGCAGAAAUCUUCAGAUUCCUUGCAGGAACCAUUAUCUGCAACAAUGCCACUCUUUGCCGAAAAGUCAUCAUUGUGUUUACCAUCGCCAUCAACUGUUGAUACUUCCUCUUCGUUAAGUAAUCCAAAAUUGGUCAAGGUGUCUUUGAAUCCGGAAGAAACAUGUAUAUCUCUAGAUGAUAUGUCUGCAGAUGGACAUAAUGAAUAUCUUUUAUCUGCGGUUAUUAAUAUAAAGACUGCUGCUUUCGAGCCCCUACCGAUAAAUCAACCGAAGACUGAAAAAAUUAUAACAGAUGUGAACAAAAGCAAGAUUCUGAAUUCUUUGUUGGAUGUCUUGAAAUCACGGUUGAGCGAAAACGAUCAACAGAAAUUGGAUGUCGCAAAUUUUGGCCCAUUGGUUUUGUUCGAUUAUAUGAACUCGAUCAGUUAUACUGGAGUAUCAUAUCAUUGGCCGUUGAUUAUGCUGUUUGAGUUUGCGCUUAUUGUCUUAAAUUCGGAAGCAAGUGAAGUUAUAUUGGCUCAAAAAUUGGGUGAGGGUGAUAUUAUCUCUUCUGUUUACACGAAUCAUAAAAACGACACAAUCCUAAUAAAUAUGACAACUUUGCAGUUGCCCGAGAUUCGACUUGAAACUGAUGGUAAAGUCAUGCUGCAAAAAUGGAGCAAUGUGCUUAAACAUUUCGUCAACAACGAUCAGUGUGAGAUUCCAAACAGAGCUGACGCAACCGUUAUUGGGGCGAGAUUUCAUGGCAAUGGUCCGAGUGAUCAUGUACCAUGUGUUCUAAUGACUACUAAUGCUUGGGGCUUAAUUUCUGAUCGAGAUGACAGCAUACCAGAUGAAAUCCAGAAAAUUAACAAGCUGGAAUCGAAUGGUCUUGAGUUGCCUUUUGAGUAUAUAAACAAAAGAUUACCGAAACCUGAAAGAGCAUCGCUCAAGCUCAUUUUGGUUUUGCCGAUGGUGAAGAGCAAGGAGUCUGAGUUGACUGAUGGGCAAUAUGCAAGUAAAAUACGUCAAGUCAUAAAAUGUGUCUUUGAUAAACUUGAAGAUGGUGAUAGUGUGGGUCUCGUAUUUGUUGGUCAGAAAGCUUUACAAGACAGUAAUCUUGGGCAUUAUUAUGGUUUAGUAGGCAAGUCAUGGCCGGGUUGGAAGGAUAUUUUGAGUAGCAUAACUGCAGAAAGUGUUUCCCAACAUGAAGAAGGAAAUUCACAAUGGACUGAAGGUUUAAAGUAUGUGAAUACUCUUCUUAAAGUUGGAUUUGAACAAGAAGAUAAGACGAUACGGCACUUAGUAUUUGUCACAACGCAAGCAAUAGAUGAUUCGUGUUUCUCUAUUCCAGCCUUCAUGGAAAAUGAACAUAAUAUACAGAACCCAUUUUGUGAAACUUCGCAACCUAAUAAGACAUCAGUCCCUAUCGAUAUGGCGAUCAAUCAAAUAUGCUCCAAAUAUCAUGCGUCGUUUUCUUCUAUUCUUAUGGCUGAUGAAUUCAGAUAUACCUUGAGUCAAUAUAUGACCAAUCAUCUAGUAUUGAAUGGAACGAAAGCAGAUAUGAAGUAUAAUAAUUUUUUACGGGAAUUCCUUGUUCUUGAUCUCGCUGACUUAGAGGCUACGGUUGAAAGUAUUUUAGGCCAUUUAAAUAAUGCUACGGUAAAGAAUCUUGAUAUUUCGUUAGCAACCCCAAGUGGAAUAGAGUUGAGGGAAUUCGAAUUUGAUGGCGAAAUGGUGAAGUCUGAAAGCAGCGAUUCACUUCGCAUACACAUUAUCAAUUUGGAGUCUGGAUAUAAUGUAUCUUUAAUGUUUAAGGUCGCAAUCCAACUUGAUCGGUUGGACCACAAGAUUUUAGAAAAAGGAGGAAAAGUAUCGGUCGCCGUGGCCAAGUCCUCAAUGCUGGCAUUGCAAUCAACGGCUGAGGUCUGUACAAUCAGUCCGCUAGAUAUUAGAAUUAUGCCAGUGGGAAAAAAUAUUGAUGCUACGCAAUUGAACCUAACAAUCAGAAAUUCAUUUGAUGUUAGGGAUGUCGAAUUACCCAUAGUUUCUGGGUCAAGAUCUGUCAAGGAUGUCUGCUUCAUGAAAAGAAAGAUGCAAUUUAUGGUGUUAGACGUGUUGAAAAAAUACAUUUUUGGUGCAAGUAAGUUUGACCAUGCCCAAAAGGAGGCAAUAAUGGUACAUCUAACAGACUUAGUGAGCAAAUUGGACAAUUUGGAAAAUUCUUGUAAUAAUUCUGGCGGUUCAAGCAUGGGUAUUGACGUAUUUAAGAACUGGGUAAACACCUUAACGGAGUUACUCGAGGAGUGUAAAGAAGGCUACUCCUUACGAAAUUAUCAAUUAAGCAAUUAUAGGUGCUUCAAUUAUUACUUGCGAACCGUCUAA